AUGCCUCAUUGUCGAACUCGUAUAAAUGCUGUCUUCCCAGACUUCACGAAUAUUGAAGCAGCCAUUGCUGCCGCCUUACCAAAUGUUUUUCGUCCCUCAAACAAGAGUCUCAUUGAGAUCGUCGGUGGCCUCAAGGUGAAAAAAUUAUUUGGCUCUGAGGUAACUGAGAAGGCAGAAACAUGGUUUAAGCACGUAAAGAAGACUUUCUUGGCCAUACAGUGCCAAGGUAACUUUCCGGAAGAACAAUGGGCACAUACAACUACAUGUUUCUUACAGGAAGAAAUCAAGGCUUGGUGGGCUUAUGAGAAGGAUCAAUUACCAGAAGUUGAAAAUGAGGAUUGGAAAGUCUUUAAGGCCCGCUUUAAGAUCAAGUACUUACCGUUGGAAUACCGAGCUCGAAAGAAAAGAGAAUUCAUUGAGUUGAGGCAAGGUAACAUGACAGUGACGGAGUACCAUAGAAAGUUUAUUGACCUUUCUUGCUACUGGCUCAUCAUUGCCAAUGAUCCCUCUGAUGUGCUACUCCAGUUUAAGAAGGGGACACGGAAACAACUUCAAUAUUUAGCAUCAGGCACUCCAUGCAUUACCUGCCAAAAAUUUUACGAGGGUUUGGUACGAAUCGAGGAAUCUGAGAAUGGUCUGAACGACAUAGUUGAUGAGGCAAGUGGAAGCUCUUAG